UUGGAGUUAGCAGAAGCAGGAUCAUGAAAUGAAGAGGUUGCCUCAACUCCUGAUCCUAAAACCUCUCUUUCCUUUUCUCUUAGUCUCAAUACUCACUCACAGUCACAUGCUCUUCCUCUUUGCAUAGCAAUUGCCAAUUAGCAAUGCUCUCUGUCCGAUCCAUCCAUUCCAACCAUUACUCCAUCCCCGCCACCACUCAUCCACCCACCCUUUUCAACCAUCCCAAAACCCUAAAACGCACAUUCCCUACACCCAAUCCCAACCCUAAACCCCACACCAUACGCUCCGUUCUUCAAUGGAAUAGGAAGCCCCAGUUGGCCGGCGACACCCCCCGCGUCGUCGUCAUCACCUCUGGAAAAGGAGGCGUUGGCAAGACCACCACCACCGCCAAUGUGGGCCUCUCCCUCGCCCGACUCGGCUUCUCCGUCGUUGCCAUUGACGCUGACGUUGGCCUCCGCAAUCUCGAUCUCCUACUUGGUCUCGAGAAUCGCGUCAAUUACACUGUCGUUGAGGUCCUCAAUGGCGAUUGUAGGCUGGACCAGGCUCUGGUGAGGGACAAGCGCUGGUCCAACUUCGAGUUGCUGUGCAUUUCGAAGCCCAGGUCGAAAUUGCCGAUUGGGUUUGGUGGGAAAGCUUUGGUUUGGCUUGUUGACGCCUUGAAAUCUCGCCAAGAAGGUUGCCCGGAUUUCAUUAUCAUCGAUUGCCCGGCAGGCAUCGACGCCGGCUUUAUUACGGCCAUUACACCGGCCAACGAGGCGAUUCUAGUGACAACGCCGGAUAUUACGAGCUUGAGGGAUGCGGAUAGGGUCACGGGGCUGCUAGAGUGUGAUGGAAUAAGGGAUAUUAAGAUGAUGGUGAACCGGGUUCGGACUGAUAUGAUCAAAGGUGAGGAUAUGAUGUCAGUGUUGGAUGUACAAGAAAUGUUGGGUUUGGCUUUACUAGGAGUGAUUCCGGAGGAUUCUGAAGUAAUCAGGAGCACGAAUAGGGGGUACCCUCUGGUUUUGAAUAAGCCACCCACGUUGGCCGGGUUGGCUUUCGAGCAAGCAGCUUGGAGACUGGUUGAGCAAGAUAGUAUGAAGGCUGUCAUGGUUGAAGAAGAGCCCAAGAAGCGUGGUUUUUUCUCAUUCUUUGGGGGUUAGUAAUUCAACACUUGGGGAGUUUAGUAGUUAAAAAAAUAGUUGCAAGUUUUUUCUUCGUGUGUACAAUUUUGGGUUUUUUAAUUUCAGAAUGGAGGUAUUCAAAGUAUUCUUGUUAAGCGUUGUGAUUUCAGUUGCUUUGUACAGUGAGGGGAUAAAUUUUGCCUUAAUUUCUAUGAUUUAGUUUGUAGUUUUUUUUCAUUGUUGAGUUCUAGUACUAGUCUCAAGGUUGGUGUUUGUAGCCCAACAUUUAUUGGAAAGUUAACUUGGUUGCUGUAUUUAUCUUUCGAGGAAAAAAGAAUGAAAGGAUUUGCUGUUUCAUUUA